CUGUGAAUACAUGGGAAAGACUCCAGAAGAUGCUUCGUGUCUUGCUGAUCUGCCUCCUGCCGGUGACCAGUGGGAAGAGCUGCCUCCGAUGCUGGCCAGAGCUGCCCACCCUGCUGGACUACGACCUGCAGGUGCUCUGGGGCAGCCCAGGGCCACCCACAGAACUCUCACAAAGCCUACACUCCUUUUUCCUGGAGGAUAACACCUUACUCAUGCCCUGGUAUCUUGCUCAAGACCAUUUGGAAGAGGAAACAGCUACUUUCUUCACCCAUGUAGACCAAGCCAUUAAGAAGCUGAGGGAUGAUAAGUCAGCACUUCUGGAAGAGAUCAAUGUUCAGAAGGGUCUUCUGUCUGAGAAGCUGAAAGAGAGGUCCCAGGAGCUAAAGCAGAGGGCCUGCAAUGACUCCUGCGACCUCCUGUCCCCAGUGGAAGUCGCUGUAUGCACUGACUGCCAGACGCACUUCCUGUCCUGCAAUGACCCCACCUUCUGCGUAGUCAGUGUCACUCGGUCCUACAAGUGGCUUGUGAUCCUCAUCAGCAUCCUGAUGCUCCUGGCUGUGGCUGGCAUUGGUGGUUACUUUUUCUGGCUCCAAAAGAAGAAGGCUGUUGAGAGUGCCCCUGAAGAGCCACCUCCCCCCUCUGCCCUGAACUCUGACCUGAACAAGCCAGCAGGGGAAGAGGCUGACAGUUACCUCCUUCAGGAAGUGAGCAGCACUCAGAACAGCAAUCAGAACACAUGGUAUCUGACAGCUAAUUCAUCUCUGGCCCUGGUGACUAUCCCUCACACAACGCACUCCUCCCUGGGGCCAGGAGAGUUCUGAGUCCGGUGUUCUGCAGUUCUGCAGACAAGCCUCUCUGUCUCUCUGUCUCUCUGUCUCUGUCUCUUUGUCUCUCU